AAUUUUGAAAAUGUGUGCAACCCUGUCAGGGGUUGACGUGUAAUGUAAACUGUCAGAUAUCAUUCUGCCGACGAAAAUAAUCAAAAAUAAAAUGGAAGGAUUUAUGAUGGAGCCCACACUUAACAUAAUCAAAGGUAUGUGCAUCAUGGACAAUGAUGGCAACCGUAUAUUGGCCAAGUACUACGACAAGAAUGUAUUGCCCACAGUGAAGGAGCAGAAGGCUUUCGAAAAGAACUUAUUCAGCAAAACACACCGAUCCAAUACGGAAAUUAUCAUGUUGGAUGGCCUUACCUGCGUCUACAAAAGUAAUGUGGACUUAUUUUUCUACGUAAUGGGCAGUGCUUAUGAGAAUGAAUUGAUUCUACUGUCUGUAUUGAAUUGCCUAUACGAUUCGAUAAGCUUGAUUCUGAAGAAGAAUGUUGAAAAGCGUUUGGUUUUGGAUAAUCUAGAGAUUAUUAUGCUGGCAUUCGACGAAAUCUGUGACGGCGGAGUUAUACUGGACGCAGAUCCCUCCUCAGUGGUUAAACGUGUGGAUUUGCGCAACGAUGACAUUCCCAUCGCCGAGCAGACCGUCGCGCAGGUUUUGCAAUCGGCGCGCGAACAGUUCAAGUGGUCCAUACUUAAGUGAGCAGUGUUUAUAUAGAUCCGUUGGGACAGAGGAGGCAAAAAUCAUGUUUUAUAACUAUACACAAUAAUAUACUAAGUUGACUUUCCAAAAGCGCAGUACAUUCGAUUUUUAUUGUAAUUUUAAUAUAAUUUAAUAUCAUAUACAAAGAAUAUAUAGCGAAAUAUGUCGCAAAUGGAUGUGUAUGUAAA